AUGAGUGGUAAUUUUAUGCUAAAUAAUGUAACACUACUCAAUUGUGUCGAUACGAACUUCUCUAUUCAGGCUCAGACAGCUAAACUAUCUUAUAUUGCUAUAGAUUAUAAUGAUGUUUCAUAAACUAUUUUUAGUAUUUAAGCAGAAUAAAUAAAUUUAGAUUAUUUUAAUAUCACAAACAGUAAACCAUUUUCAAAAGCAGCUGGUAGUAAAUUAAUCGAUAUAAAAAGCUUCACUAAUUCCUAUAUUAACAAUAUUUAUUCAUUAGAUAAUGAAAUAUCAAUGAUUAAUAUAAAUUAACAAAACAAAGGAGGAUAUGCUAAUAUUUCUUAAUCACAAUUCAUAAAUUUCACAAUAUCAAAUAACAAUCCUUUGAUAUUUUUAAAUGGGCUCUUUAAUAUAGUUUUGGAUAAUGUAACAAUAAAAAACGUGGUAAAUAUCUAAAAUUAAUAUACUUCUAUAUUUGUAAUUUAAAAUUGUGAUACUGUAACUAUAACAGAUAGUUAAUUUAGAAACAAUACAAAUAGCAAUGGUCCUGGAGGAAUUAUUUAUGCAGCUGAAAAUAAAGUUAUUAAUAUAUUAAAUUCAAUAUUUUAUUUAAAUUAAUGUUUGGCACUGAAUGGAGGAGCUAUAUUCGUAUAAAAUACAAUAUAAACGGGCAUUUUAAAAUUAAAUUAAAUAUAGCUAAUAUCAAAUAAAGCAAUUUAUUCUUCUGGAGGAGCAAUUUAUUUACAGAAUAGUAAUUUAAUAAUGUAAAAUUCUGUGGUAUCCUCUAAUUUAGCUUAGAUAGGUGGUGGUAUAUACUAUACACAAAUUGUUCCAUAAUUUAUUAUUGAUUUAUAAAGUAGUAUUAACAAUAACAACACUUUUAAAGAUAAUGUUGGAAGAAUCUUUGGGCAAAACUUUGGUUCUACUUUAAGGAAAGUGUAUAUUGAUUUAGAUAACAUUGAAGCAUCAAUUAAAAUUUUGAAAACUAUUUAAGAUGAUAGCAUAUUAAUCAAAUAAUUUAAGAGUGGAAAUUAAAUAAGUUUUAAAAAAGUAUAGUUGUUGGACGAAGAAGAAAAUCCAUUAAAGUUACUAGAUUUUAAUUCAACUGAAUUUAGUUAAUUGAGUAAUGAUGUGUAAUCUUUAAUAUAAUAAAUUAGUGUUUCGGUAACUUGGGAAUAAGAAAAUUAGUAAAUAUAAUGUGUUGGUUAGCUUUAAACAAAAUCAUUUACAGAUGGAGGCUUUAGCUUAGAUGUUUAAAUAUUUUAUAAGCCAAUAUCCAAUAUGACCCUAAAUAUAGUGAGUAAUGUGUUUCCAUAAAUUAAAGAUUCAAAUGGACAUAUUAUAGUUAUAGGAGGGUAAGCAGAAUUAAAAGCGAAAGUUUUUAUGGAAUAAUGUUCAGUUGGAGAAAUACUUGUAAAAUAUGGCAAUUCUAUUGCUUGUGAAUCUUGUCCAGAUGGAAAAUACUCACUGAAUUAGAAUGAUAAUUAAUGUAAAUUAUGUCCUGAUUCAGCUCUUAGGUGUAUAGGUUCAAAUAUUUAUUUAUAGAAUGGAUAUUGGAGAGAAAAUGAUGAAACAGACAAUAUUUAAUAUUGUAGUUAUAAUCCAUUAUCCUGUAAACCAGAACUUUCUACUUCUAAAUUUAACUGUGAUGUAGGUUACAAAGGACCUCUAUGUGAGAGCUGUGACACAUAUGGUGAAAUAUGGGAAUCAAACUAUUCUGAAAUUUUAACUCCUGGUCAUUGCUAUUAAUGUUAAGAAAACUUAGUCUAAAUUAUAAUUUAUAAUUUGAUUACCUUCUUUAUAAUAUUUUGUUAUAUUUUAACUAUCUUAAGAAGGAUUAUUAAUUAACUUGAAGUUAAACUUACUGGUUACUUCCUUAACAAAUUGAAUAUCAUUUAUUUAGGUUCAACUUGUAAUAAUUUCUUUUUUUUUUAUUUUUAUCAUAUCUUUUCUUUCUUUCUUUUUUAAAAAAAAAGUAAGUUAGCUAGAUAGAUCAUAAAUUUUAUCUAAGUUAUUAACUGA